AUGUCAGAUGAAAGCUCUCAAGAUGAUGAAUUGAUUGAUGAUCCUCAAUUGAAAUCAUUUCAUACUUAUCUAAAACAAUGUCGUAAGAUUUUAUGUGUUGUAGGUGCAGGUCUGUCACAAUCAUCGGGAAUCCCCACAUAUCAAUUGCAGAGAGGUACUUGGAAGGGUUAUACGUCAAUUGAUUUAGCAACACCUGAAGCAUUUCAAACAAAUCCAGGUUUAGUCUGGUUAUUUUAUUCCAAUAGAAGGUAUAUCGCUAUGAAAGCUAGACCAAAUGAAGGACAUUUUGCACUGGCGGAGUUAGCUAAAAGGAUGAAAGAGAGACGCAGAGAAGCCUUUGUUGUAACACAAAAUGUGGAUGGAUUACAUCAGAGAGCAGGUCAAGAGGAUGCAGACCUUUGUGAAUUACAUGGUAGCCUUUUCCAACUCCGAUGUACCUCUUUCUUUUGUACUUAUAAGGGUAAGAAUACUAAGGAUUUAUUCUUAACACCCACUCUAAGGGAAUUCACUCCAAGAGAUGUUGGCGUUAAAAGACGAUUGAGAGAUCAAUUACCCACACUAGGUAAGCGUCGAAAGAAAUCAAGUACACCGAUACAAAAAAAAGAAUACGUGGAAAAUGAAGACAGUGUAAGUUCAUCAGAUUUUGAUCCCUUACCAGAGAUUAAAGAAGAAAAUUUACCACAUUGCCCCGUGUGCCACGAAGGAUUGUUGAGACCAGGUAUUGUUUGGUUUGGUGAGCCUUUGCCGCUAAUGGAUAUGGUCAAAGUGGACGAAUUUUUUGCGCCACAAGAGGAGGGCGCUAAUGAUCAUAUCGAUUUAGUUCUUGUGAUUGGAACAAGCGGUAAAGUUUGGCCAGCAAUGGGUUACGUAGAAAGAUGUAAACAAAAUGGUGGACGUGUUGCAAUUUUUAAUACACAUAUUGAGGAUAAGGAUAAGGUGCGAAAAGACAGAACGGUCUGGGGAUUCGAAGGUGAAGCGUCAGAAUGGUUACCAAGGGCAUUGGAACCAUUCAUAGGUAAACAAUUCAAAAGAUCGUAA